AUGCUGGCCAAACCACCUCACCCCUCCAAAGAAUACAGUACAGUACAUAUCCAAGAGAGGAUCCAAGAACCUACCACGUCCCCGAAAAAGCCCGCAAAGGUGCAGACACCAUACCCAAGACCGCGGCUUCCACGCGACACACCUCCGCCAGCAAGCGGCCAAUUGCGACAAGAGGAGGAUACGCCCUACGAGAGCGAUUCAGGGACUACCGUGAUCGUGACGAGGUCGCUACGUUCGAAUAAGAGAAAACUCGAAGAACAAGGCAGACGAACCCCAGCACAUCUGGACGGUCCCUUCGCGGCCAAGAGAAUUCAGACGAAUGGUCCAAGCGUGAAAUCUCCCCAAACCCCAACACCUGUCAUCCUCGUCCAUGAAACCCGGUCGACUGCCACAGACGAAGCCCGGACCCCAGUUGACACUAGUUUGUUGACGCCGCCACGAGUUAGGAACCGCAAAGUCAGCACACCGGAAUCCUCCAUACGAAACCAGACGCAGAACUUGAAGAUUCUUAAGACGCCAGAGUCACGAAUCACAUCCCCGACGGCGCACACUUUACAUACGCCAGAGUCAGACAUAUCCUCGACUUGCGAUGUAUCUCCAGGAUUGACCUUAUUGGAGGAACUCAACCAGACGAGGUUACCAGUUGAGAGUGAUAUCUCGUCAGCAUAUAACGGUUCCCCACCUGAUCUAAGUCAAGACGCCCGCUUGUUCAACAUGAUCAUGGCUGGAGGCGGGUCUCUCUGCCUAGGGGAUAAAACGAUCUCCAGAAAUGAAGCAAUCGCCGCUACACACCCAACAGAAAUCGAACAGACAUCCGCCAUCGUGUCUGAAACAUCAUCGAAUCACAUUGAGACCGCAGCAUUAGAGAAUGGACAAGAACAUCGAGAAAUUACUCUCUCAUCGGACAAGCAACAAGUUACAACAGAGUCCGAGAAGGGUAUGGAUGACGCGCCAGACGCUAAUCGACAAAGCCCAGCACCACAAAAAGGAGAUCUGGACGGAGCAGCAACUUCCGGUCCAAAGACACCAGAACACGCCACGAACACGGCCGAGGUGGGUCCGACGACGCCUCUUACCGUUCAAAACGGAAUAAAGUCGACGAAAUCAGUCGAUAAUGAAACACCCGAGCUGAAGCUCGCAAAGCUCACUCUCGAGGAUCAAUAUACGCCCGAUCGGCCAACGCCAAAAGCCAGUCCCCAUUCUUCCGAGAAGAAACAGAGGGUUACACGAGCAGAAUCAAAGAGGUUGCAAUUGUUAGAGGAGGCGUACCAUUACAGAAUCGCGUCGCUCACCGCAGAUUGGGAAAGGAAGAUACAGAUAGCACUUCGCCAUGGCCAUGGCCCUUUCAAGGCAGCGGAUUUUACUCGCGUUGUGCCCAUUGGCCAAGGUCGAGGCACUGACAGCUGGUUGAACGACGAGGUCAUCAACGGAUACCUGAAACUUGUGGUUGCUCAUGGCCGGCAGAACGACCGCCCAACCCAAGUCCCAACACACCAUGCAUUUGUUUCAUUCUUCUACAACAAUCUCGAAAGCAAAGGCUACGACGGCGUAAAGAGAUGGGCCAAUCGGGCCAAGAUCGGGGGCAAGAGCCUCCUCGAAACAGAACAUGUGUUCAUACCAAUCAACAGUGGAAUGCACUGGACGCUCUGUGUGGUCUCAGGCAAGAACAGAAGCGUUACCCAUUACAACAGUUUGGGCGGAAAUGGGAGGAGGUACGUGGAAACGGUGAAGGACUGGGUCAAGCACGAGUUGGGAGCUGCGUUCAAGGAGGAAGAGUGGACAUUGAAUGCCGUGGGGGAGUCGCCGCAACAACAGAACAUGGACGACUGUGGAGUGUUCACCAUCACCAGCGCGCGACAGAUCAUGCUAGGGCUGACGCCCAUGAGCUACAAUCCUGGGCAGAUCCCCCUGCAGAGGAGGAGGAUUGUGGCCGAGCUUAUCAACGGUGCCCUGAUCAAGGGCAACGAAUGA